UGCUAGUCUGCUCGUUUCCGGUCUCGGUACAAAUUUCGACGUAGCUUUUUUGCCGUCAAACUCAUUCUCAAAUUCAACCCAGUUUUACUCAGACUUUCCUGAUGACCACUGUUCCUGUUUUCAGUCAACUGACUGUUCAGUACCGUCGAGUGUCUAUAACGAGUCCGAAGUUUUCUUAGUAAAUGCUGCAGUUUUUGUUAUGCCUGGUAUUGAAUGUGGAUGUCUAAUCAGCUCUUCGGCAAUGCGGUCGAAUUUGGAAUGUUUUUAUAAUCAGUCCUGUACUGAUAUAUCAAAAACGUUUAUGCAAUCUAUUUAUUCUUUGAAUGUUACAGCAAUGAAUUCGUCAGCACCCAGUCGGUAUCAUAUAAAUUCAACUCUAAAUGAGAUUGUUUCUCUCCUGAUGGUAGAAGAGUGGAACGCAAAUGCCUCUUUCUCAUUUUAUUACAAACAGUGUGCUCCUCAAGAAUGUACAUAUACAUAUUCCGGUCAUAAUAAUGUCGUUUAUAUUGUGACAACGGUCAUUGGAUUAAUCGGCGGCCUGACAAAAGUGUUACAAGUUAUUAUUCCACCAAUAGUUGAAUUUGUGAGGAAAAAAAAGCGACCUAAACAAGAAGUUGCAGAACCAUUUCUUUCUCAAUGUAGGACACAUAACGAAGUUUUGAGAGGCGUUCUUUUACCUGAAAACGUCUUUCUAAGGUUUACAUUUGUCGAUUGA